GUUUACCGUGGUCAUCAACACUUGUUCGCCACACUCAGUCGCGUGCACAGUAACUCCUCUCCGAAUCUCCGAUACAAGUCACCGUUCGCGACAACAUCUGUAACAAUGCACUGCAAGGUUUUUAUCGCUCUUUGCUGCGUGGCCGUGUACGCCGUGCAGGCUAGUCCUGCCGGUACGGCCACCGCCGCCGCUGUUUCCGCCGACGACGAGAUCAAGGAUUUCCCGGCCUACAUGAAGCGGUUCGACAAGCUCAACGUCGAACAGGUGCUGAACAACGACCGCGUCCUGGCCAGCCAUCUCAAGUGUUUCCUCAACGAGGGACCGUGCGUCCAGCAAUCCAGGGACCUGAAGAGAGUCAUCCCAGUGAUCGCUAACAACGGCUGUAACGGAUGCACUGAAAGGCAAAUGACCACCAUCAAGAAGUCGCUGAACUUCCUGAGGACGAAAAAGCCAACGGAAUGGGCAAGACUCGUCAAGAUCUACGACCCAUCAGGCACCAAGUUGAACAAGUUCCUCGACGCGUAACAGCUCUGAAACAUUAUUAUAACAACGAUAUCAUGACAAUGCUAUAAUAUAAUAAUAAUAAUUAUAGUUAUAAUAUAUUAUACCACAUGUGUGACGACUGAUUAUGUCGAUCGUGAUAAUAUGUAUUAUGUUUAAGACGCACGUUUAAUAUUUUUUAUGUUUACCUACACAAGAUUUCACUUGCUAUAUUGCAAUAAGAAAAUCGUUUAUUUAUAAGUUUAAAGUUUUAUAUAUUAAUUUAUUGAAUCGAUUAUACUGUUUUGAAAAUUGAAAAUAAAAACAAUCUCAAUUAA